AUGCUAUAUAUAGUCUUAAGUGUAUCCUUACAUGGGAUGGACGAGCGAAGGCAUUCCCUAAGGAGAGCAUUAUUUUUGUUACCAUCAGCAAGAGGUUUGUAAGUGGUCUCAGGCUGGUCUCCCAACGCUCUGCGCGGUUAAUUUCUCUUGGGACACACAAGUUCUUCGUCAGUGCGGAAGGAGCAGGUACAGGCCUCGGCGGCUAUGGCGGAACCAGCCUACACUGUGCCGGCGUUCAGGGAGAGGAGCGCUGGUGAGGUUGAGGAGUAUCAGCGUGUAACAACUAAGUUUGGCAGGGAGCUGACAGAGCUGCAGCACGAGCUGCAUAGGAUGAAAGUGGAAACUCACCAGCAAGUGGAGAACAUUGAGCUAACUAGAGAGGCAGAGAUAAUGUCAAUGAGGAAGAAGAUCCAUAUGGAUCUGCACAAAGCUCCAGACUUUCUGGUCAGUCUGAGGUCUCACACUGUUUGGGAGAAAACCCCGGUCAAACUCUUCUGCACGGUGCAGGGCAACCCCCUCCCCAUUGUUAAAUGGUAUAAAAAUAAUUUGCCUGUUGAACCCCUGAGUGCACCAGGAAAGUACAAAAUUGAGAACAAAUAUGGAGUUCAUAGCCUGAUCAUCAGCAGAUGUUCAGUGACUGAUUCUGGAGUAUACAGUGCUGUGGCAACCAACCCUGAAGGGAAAGCCACUACUAAAGCCACUGUCGCUGUCAGGAGACCAGCAGGGGCAGCAGAGAGCUCGCAUCUGCCUGGACAAGCUCCCUUGGGUGCUGUCCACGCCAGCAAGCUGGAAGUGACGUUGUUGGAGACAUUUGGAGUGACCUUUGGAACUGAGGGCGAGUCAGCGACUCUGGUGGCCAGCAUGGUGGUGGUUCCUGACCUUCCCAACCUGCCCGCUGAGGUCAUGUGGUACAGAGAUGAUACACUGCUCAUACCAUCUAAGUGGGCUGAGAUGUCUGUGGGUGGGGGUGCGGCCUCUCUUACUCUGCCACACCUGAACAAGGAUGACGAGGGUCUGUACACUGUCCGCGUGUGGACCAAGGGCGGCACUGCUGAGCACAGCGCUUACCUGUUUGUUAAAGAUGCUGCCCCCAGUGUGACUGGAGCCCCCGGAGCACCCAUGGAUGUGAAAGCUUCUGAUGCAAACAAGGACUAUGUUCUUGUCACUUGGAAACCACCCAACAUCACCCAUGAGGCAUCCAUCACGGGAUACUUUGUUGACAGACGUGCGUCCGGGUCAAAAGACUGGGUCCAGUGUAAUGAUGCUCCAGUCAAAAUUUGCAAGUACCCAGUGCACGGGCUCACUGAGGGACACUCUUAUCACUUCCGUGUGAGAGCUGUCAACAGCGCUGGAAUCAGCCUGCCCUCCAGGGAGUCCGUUGGAUUGUUUGCCCUGGAGCCUGAGAGUGAUGUUGAAGUGAUUAAGGUGGAGGGGAAAUAUGACAUUGUGAUUCGACGAGAUGAACUGGAAGGUAGGCCCGUUACUUUUCCUGGACCGCCCACCGAUGUGCAUGCCUCAGAAAUAAACAAAACCUAUAUCGUUCUCAGCUGGACCCCUCCAAGCCCUCGUGGAGAGGCGGCUUUGCGGUACCUCAUUGAGAAGUCUGUCGGUGACAGUCACCUAUGGCAGAGGGUGAACACAGCCGUGCCGCUGUACUCCCCUCGUUACCCCAUGUUUGAUUUGGAAGAUGGGAAAGCUUACCGUUUCCGCGUGACCACCGUUAACAAGUAUGGUCAGAGUGAGCCAUCUGAACCAACGGCUCCCAUUCAAAAACGGGAUCCUUACGGUAAGAUGAGUGUUCCAUCUGCUCCUGGUCAGGUGAUCGCAUCCAGGAACACAAAAAGCUCUGCCUUUGUGCAGUGGGACCCCCCAAAACAUGCCAACAACUUAAUGGGCUACUAUAUUGACGCCUCUGUAGUGGGCUCCAAGACUUGGACAGCCUGUAAUCACAGGCCAUAUAAACAUACCAGAUUUGUGGUCCAUGGCCUUAUUCCCGGUGAGACGUAUGUUUUCCGUGUCCAGGCUGUUAAUGCAUACGGACUGAGUGAGGAGUCUCAGGAGUCUGCUCCUCUCCUGAUUGAUGCAGCCCUUGAGAAGGGAGUGGAGUAUGCGGCCCCCUCUGCCCCUUACGGCAUCACUCUGCUCAGCUGUGAUGGCUCCUCCAUGACUCUGGCCUGGAAACGCCCUAAGCAUACGGGUGGAACCAAGAUCACAGCGUAUUACCUGGACAAACGUGAAGCAUCUUCCCUGCACUGGGUCGAGGUCAGCACCGCCCCAACCAGCGAAAGGGUUUACAAGGUUGAGAACCUGACUGCUGGGGUAUUUUAUGAGUUCAAGAUCCAAGCUGCAAAUCUCGCAGGAGUAGGUGUGCCAUCUGAACCCAGCAAGGCUUUCGCCUGUGAGGCCUGGACUAUGCCUGAGCCCGGCCCAGCCUAUGACAUAAGUUUCUGGGAGGUUCGAGAUCACUCUCUGCUGCUCCAGUGGAAGGCCCCUGUCUAUACUGGAAACAGCCCCAUCACAGGCUACUUAGUGGAGAUGGCUAAGAAAGGCUCGUCCGAUUUUGUUGCUGUGAAUGAGGAAGCAGUUGCUCAUCGUUAUCUGAAGGUGACCGGAUUGGAGAAAGGAGCAUCGUAUGUGUUUAGAGUACGUGCAGUGAAUGCUGAUGGAGUGGGAAAGGCUUCAGAGAUCUCUGAGGCUGUUUGUGCAAAGGCCCUGCCAGGUACUAAGGAGAUAGCUGUGGGUGUUGAUGAGGAGACUGGAGAUGUCUUCUUGUCUUUCGAAGCCUGUGAGUCAUCUGAAAUCUCCAAGUUCGUGUGGUCAAAGUCCUACAAAGAAAUCAGCGAAUCCAACAGAGUCUCCAUCUCAACCAAAGGAAGACACUCUAAGCUGACUUUCACUAAUCCUGAGAAGGAGGACCUGGGCAUCUACUCUGUGGCUGUGACUGAAACAGAUGGAGUUUCUGCCAGCCACACCAUCACUGAGGAAGACCUUAACAAACUGCUUGAGCUCAGCUAUAACAUCAGACACCCAAUUGUUCCCCUGAAGACGGAGCUGAAUUAUGAAAUCUUGGAGAAGGGUCACGUGCGUUUCUGGUUGCAGGCCUUGAAAAUGUCUUCAGCUGUAUCCUACAGGUUCGUUGUCAAUGAUAAGGAGGUCACAAGCAGUGAGGGUUGUAAGAUCAGUCAUGAUGCUUCAACUGGUAUCAUCCAAAUGACUGUUGAGCACUUCACCAAGGCCAAUGAGGGCACAUACACUCUUCAGAUCCAUGAUGGAAAGGCCAAAAACCAAAGCUCCCUGGUGCUUGUGGGAGAUGUUUUCAAGGCCGCUCUGAAGGAGGCAGAUUUCCAGAGGAAGGAGCACAUUAGAAAGCAAGGUCCUCAUUUCAAGGAGUACCUGUCUUUCCAUGUGGAGGAGGACUGUACUGUGAUGUUGGUCUGCCAGCUUGCCAAUGUGAAAAAAGAGACUACAUUCGCCUGGUUCAAAGAUGAUGAGGAGAUUGUUCUUGAUGUUGCACCCAACGUGAUGUCUGGAAGUUGUGCCCUUCCUAUUCCCUUGUUCUCCAGAAAAGAUCAAGGCAUUUAUAAGGCCACAAUGAGUGACGACCGUGGAAAGGAUACAUCUGUCUUGGAUAUAUCUGGACAAGUGUUUGAGGAUAUCAUUAAUGCCAUAGCACAUGUUGCUGGUUCGUCCGCGUCUGAACUGGUCCUGCAGUGUACUCCUGAGGGCAUUAGACUGCAGUGUUACAUGAAGUACUACACAGAGGAGAUGAAAACACACUGGUUCCACAAGGAAAGUAAGAUUGCGUCCUCUGAGAGGAUGAGGAUUGGGGGCACAUCAGAAAAUGCCUGGAUGCAGAUCUGUGAACCCACUGAUAAGGAGAAAGGCCUAUACACCAUUGAGAUCCAUGAUGGUGUAACUGCCCAUACACGCUCCUUCGACCUCUCUGGACAAGCAUACAAUGAUGCUUAUGCUGAAUAUCAAAGACUGAAAGCUGCUGCGUUUGCUGAGAAGAACCGUGGCAGAGUUGUUGGUGGACUCCCCGAUGUUGUUACCAUUAUGGAAAAGAAGACCCUGAGCCUGACCUGUACAGUUUGGGGUGACCCCAGCCCAGAGGUCACCUGGUUCAAGAAUGAGCAAGAGGUUGUGUCCGAUGACCACAGUGUGAUUGGACUUGAGAGCGGAAAAUUCGCCAGCCUCACCAUCAAUUCUGUCUCUGUGGAAGACUCUGGAAAAUACAGCAUCAAUGUGCGGAACAAGUAUGGAGGCGAGUUUGUGGAGAUCACUGUGAGCGUCUACAAGCAGGGCGAAGAGGUACCCGAGCCCAAACUAGGGCAAAUGUCCAGACCUGCCCCACCACCAAAAUCACCUGCACCCCAGUCUAUGAAGUCCCCUGCCCCAUCUCCUGCUCCAUCUGUCAAGUCCCCAACUCCAACUCCAGCUCCAUCUGUCAAGUCCCCAACCCCAACUCCAGCUCCAUCUUCCCCCACCCCGCCCAGGAGUGCCAAGUCCCCUACCCCACCCAGAUCUGUGAAGUCCCCUACCCCACCCAGAAAGUAA